CUCUCUCUCCACGUUUCUUGAUGCUGCGCUCUCCCUCCCUCCCUUUUAAGUCUCUGAAACUCUGCAUAUUUCUAUCUUCUAUAGCUAGUUAUCGCUGCUUCAUCAAUCUGGUAAUCAUGCAUCGCCGUAGUUCUAGAGGCAUGGUUUUUGGUAUUGGUAGUGCUAUGCCAAUUCUGGGUCCUCGAACCAUUCAGCAUGAAACCGUCGCCUCUGGAGGAUCUGCAGCUCCAGCUCCCACUACAAAGAGUAUGGGCUCUGACGGAUGUAAUGUGCACUUCAAGGUAUUUCAAGAUUACUUUUCGAGUUUUAGUCUCUUUUACUAUGGCAACUAGAAGAAAUCCCUCGCAAACCGCCAUCAGAGGAAACAACCAGGCAACCCACUGAGGGGGUGGAGCAGGAGGUGAUAUUGGUGUUCUUUGGUUUGUAGUUGAGUUGAUUGCUUUCGUGGUUGGGUUUGUGGUGUCUCUCUGUUGUUCGUAUUCUUUUUGUGAAAAAUGCUUCAAUUUACUUGUGAUAUUAUGAAGUAUACUGUGCCUUUGAUGUGUUCCCUUUGGGAUUUGGCAUUCCAUCCUUUGAUGGCCUUAUUUACAUUGGAAUGCUUAUAAUAAACAGGAAUUUUUAUGCAUAAAUUUCAUGUAAAAAACUUUGCCCCCUGU